GCGCACCCACUUCGCAAUGCGAUGCUUUUAGUUUCCAUUCGUAAAUUUCACUGGCUGAACGAGCCAGCAAAGAGAUCCACCAUUUUGUCUCGUCGUGAAUCGCGCGAUUUGCCUCUGAUUUUUCGCUUCCUCCGAGUGUCUUGAAUUGUCAAGAGUGUGGAAGGACGUGUUUCUGCGAGUUAUUGUUUUUAUCCGGAAAAGUGUUGAGUUCUUCGGGUUUGAAGACGAUUAGGAGUUAGGAGCAUUCAGUGUAUGCAGUUGUGCUCGGUACGCGAGUGAUUUACGCCCUUUGCUUCAAAGCCAGAAAUGGGCUCUUCACCACAAUCGCAGGACGACCUGGCGGUUGUGCUUAAGAACAAGCGCAUUUGCCGCUUUUGCUUGAGCCAAAAGGAGCCGUUGACCAACAUUUAUUCGAAGGAGAACCGGGUGAACAGCACAGCGCCGUUGCCCUUGCAAAUCAUGUCUUGCGUCUCCAUCGAGGUAUUUACUAACGAUGGUAUGCCCAGUACUAUCUGCGAUGCUUGCCGAUUAACAAUGGAAUAUUGUUAUGGAGUUAAACAGAUGUGUAAAAAAGCUGAUACCAACUUAAGACAAUUUCCGUUGACUGGGAAAUGGCCAGAACCUUUACAACCUCCCAAACAGCCCGAUCUAGUGAAGAAAGCAGAAGAACCAAAGAAACAAGUGAUUUUGAAUUCAAUCCCUGUAGUUAAAAUUGAAGAACCAGAAUCAUUGGCCACAACCUCGAAGCAAAGUAAUCCUGUGAGCCAAAUAAAAAGUACGACCAGGACACCUGUCAAACCGAAGAUUCUCAACAGGGACUCAGUAAAAAUUUUAAACAAAAAUGUGAAUCUUACUCCGGAACCAGUGUUGAGUAGUCCAAUUAUCACGCGAAAUGAAUCAGGACAAGUGGAAAUUGUGACCGAAAUUCUGGAUAAUUCAACCACUCGUGUUGAAGAGCCAGACCCUGUACUGACUGCUGAGCCUGUGGAAACCAACGUAUUUCCUUGUCCCAAUUGUGAGCGAUCUUUUCCACUUAGGCAAUUGCUUGAUAUUCACAUGGUUAAUCACAGCCGCCAAAGGAGUUUCGCCUGUGAAGCUUGUGACAAACGAUUCUUUAGCAAGUAUGAUUUAGGCAAGCAUAUGCUGAUUCACACAGGGGAAAAACCAUAUCAAUGCGUCGUUUGCCAUAAAGCUUUUACAAGGUCAACUCUCCUCCACCGUCACGAGAAGAUCCACACUGAUCAACCGAAAUUCUUGUGUGUGUUCUGUGAGAAGCCUUUUCUAUCGAAAGAUGAACUUGAAAAACACACUGAACGUCAUAGAAAGAACCGACCGUUCCCAUGCAAAGUUUGUGGGAAAAGUUUCGCCUUCAAACAGGGAUUGGAGCGACAUGAAACUAUCCAUGCGAAGGAGCAACCGUUCCCAUGUCAAUAUUGCAGUCAGAGUUUUUCAACGCCCAGUAAGCUAUCACGUCACCUAACAGCGCAUGCAGGCGAACGUCCAUUCCCCUGUAAACUCUGCCCAAAAUCUUAUCUGCUUAGCCACCAUUUGACAAGGCAUCUGCGAUCACAUACUCAGGGCAGUGGCUCCUACAAGUGCUACGAUUGCGAGCGUACAUUUGUGUCGCGUGAUGAUUUAAUUUAUCAUUCAGCCGUUCAUGCCACCCAAAAUUUAAUGUGUCCACUAUGCAAAGACCAGUUCGAGUCGUUGGAUCAAGUGACAGAACAUAUUAAGCAACAUGCUGAGGGAGAACAGUACGCCUGUGAGUUUUGCGAUCUUAUUUUCCUGACGGCAGAAAGGUUGCAAAGUCAUUCGGAAGAAAGGCAUGUAGAUGACAUGGCGGCCUACGAAGAGCAUGAUAAGCGCAAUGAGAAAAGAAUGGAUAGUUACAGCAUGGCGGAUGAUGGUCAACAAGGUGAUGAAGUAAUCCAGGAGUUUAUUAUUGAAGAAUAUCACGAAGGAGAUGAAGUUAUUAAGGAAGAAAAGGAUAUACAUAUAGAAGAGCAAAUGGAAGAGAAACCGAUAAUUCUUAACAAACAAGUGGCUGUUGGACGACGAUCCAAAGACAACAUUUCUCCCCAAAAGCACAGUCCAAUGAAAACGAGCGAUGAACAGGAAGGUGGUGACCACAUGGAAAUUGAAGCUUUGGAACAAAAAGAUACCGAUGACGAACUCGGCGAAGAAGAGCAGGAUGACAGCGAUGAAGAUUACCAGCCGCCGGUGAAAACAAUGAAAGUUUUAAGAAAUAUUAGCCCGCGCACCAAAGCAAUUGCAGAAAAGCCACGGCAAACUGCGAAGGAAUCGGGCGAAACGUCCCUUUUUAAAGUUCCAAAAGAGAAGAAGCAGCUAGUCCAGCAGACGCUUAUCUCUGUUCUUGAGCAAUUACCAAAGUCAGUGACUGUAAUGAAGAAGGAAAAACCUACUGUUACCCCUACAAAGGAAAAAAGAGCAACUCCAAGCAACGAAGUGCGCAUUCUUAACGAGAAAAUCAUUCGGAAAGCUGACCAAAAUACAUCUACGAAAACAAUAAAACUGACCGACAUAAAGCUGCCGGUGAAAGUAAUUGAGGGGAAAUCCAGCUCUUUAUCGCCAAAAGAAAACAUCCCAAUGAAAAGUAAGCCAUCUCCGACUGCAGGGCCAUCCAGAUCAAUUUCCUCCACGAGGGUUGAAACUAAACCUGUCACCAAACAAGCUGGUUCGACACCACAAUCGAAGGCCUCACCAGAGCAGACAGGUCAGAAGAAAUUACUUGAGAUGAUGAUUGACAAUCGCAAGGUUAAGGUCCACAAAAUUGUGAUGACGAAAGCUGAAGUGGCAGCCAUGGCAAAAGAAGGUAAAAUUGAAAUGAAGGGAGGCACCAUGAUCUUAAAGCAAAAUGGGAAGUCGCUGGCGGGGAAAGUCGUGUCGAAACCAUCAGGAGCCGGAGGAUCGAAGUAAUUAGUUUCAUUAAUUAAUCGGGCUUCGAAAAAGUCCUGGGCUUUUUUUAUUUCAGUUGAAUACCGAUAUGUGCUACACUUUAAGUUAAUUGUACAAUAAAUUGUAUGAAUCCCGUUUAA